AUGGAAGCGAAGAAGGGGAAAGGGAAACGGCGCAGGAAGACGAUCGGAGGUGCAAAGAGAGCUCACUAUGCAUAUGCAUGCGACGUCCUUCAUCAAGGAGAGAUCGUUCCCUUCCCUGUGCGUGUGCCUGUGCCUCAAGUCUCGGAAGCUGCUGAGCCCAAGCCUGAGCUUCGUGUCUCCAAUGAGCUCAAGGGAGCUAUUAAAAUGGCACGAGAGGCUAAAAACUUGUCUCAGGCUCAGCUUGCCGAGAUGAUAGGAGAGCACAAAAAGGUGGUGAAAUGGUACGAGUAUGGUCACCCUGUGCUUAAUGAAACAAUCAUUUCAAAGAUGGCGGAGGCUCUUGGAGCUAACCUCACAGGACCUAUAAACAAUGACAAAACCGCUUCUGACAUACUAAACUCUAUAGACAAGGCAAAACUUACUCUCGGCGAACUCGGCGAACUUGCUAAGCUUCAAAAGGCGCCCGUGAUUAGGGAGACGGAAACCGAGAAGGCAAUCCGAAUCCAGAAACUUCAUUCCAAGAUGAAAGAAAAUCUUCAAGAGGCAGAGCUUGCUGGAUCCAUCCGCAGACGCAAGCCAAAGAAGGAGGUAUUAGGCGCCGGCAUCGGUGGAGAGUUUCACUGA